CAGUUUGGCACGGUGGCCAGUCGCUCCACAGCGGCGGUUGAGGCGAUUUUUAGGAAGUGGAGGAGGAAAAGAAGGCUGUCUGCUGAGAUAACAGCGUCGGUGUAUGUUCCUUAAAUGUACCGUCAGUAAGAAAACCGCUGCUCCUAGGAGGAAAAACGGGCUUCAGAAAAGGGAGGAAAGUUUGUUUACUAUAUUCGUAGCUAGCUGGUUAGCCUCGUUAGCUUCGCUGACUUGAAGUCAAUGUUAGCGCUGUUUUGGACCACAGGACAUGCUAUUCUGUACUUAACCAACCUUUCGUAUCAGUUAAAUUACGCUAGUGCAGAUAAGCGAAGACUGGAAAAUUGAUUCUCAUUAAAACAUUUCCAGCAUCUCAGAGCAGUGUUUAUGCGAGUUGUAUUGAAACCAACGUUGAAAAGACGGACGAGACACAGUGUUUUUAAGUUCGUCUAGAGAGAACUGAACCCCAUCACGUUUGCCAGUGAUGGGAACUCCGACCAGCUAGUGCUGCCACCACCGGGAACCUAUCUACACCCCUUUAACUAUGGGAGGAUGUGUGGGCAGAUACUUGGAGAGCUGGGAGGACACGCAGAGCCGUGGAUCGUCCAGAAACGGUGGCCGUGGAGGACGGAACGAGCCUCUGAGAAAAGACCGCCCCAAGUGGAAGAGCGACUAUCCCAUGACAGAGGGACAACUACGGAGCAAGCGAGAUGAGUUCUGGGACACGGCCCCGGCUUUUGAGGGUCGGAAGGAGAUAUGGGACGCCCUGAAAGCGGCCACAGUGGCUCUGGAGUGUAAUGACCACGAGCUGGCGCAGGCCAUCGUAGAUGGAGCCAGCAUCACACUGCCCCACGGUACUUUGACUGAGUGCUACGAUGAACUUGGGAAUAGAUAUAUGCUGCCGGUGUACUGCCUCUCUCCACCAAUGAAUCUCAUCUCAGAGCGCAGCGAUGAGGACCCCAGUGACAGUCCAGAACCUCCCUCUGCUUCCAAGAAAGAAUUCCAGCUCAAGGUACGCAUGUCCACAGGGAAGGACCUGCGCCUCAGCGCCAGCAUGUCCGACACCAUCGGUCAGCUGAAGAAGCAGCUUCAGGCUCAAGAGGACAUCGACGCCACCCAUCAGCGCUGGUUCUUCUCUGGCAAACUGCUCACGGACAAGACGCGGCUGCAGGACACUAAGAUCCAGAAGGACUUUGUCAUCCAGGUCAUUGUUAACCCACAGGCCCUGAGUGUGUCCCCUGCUGCCACCGUGGGCUCCUCAGCACCUCCAGCUGAAUGAAAGGCCUUUCUCAUUCCAGAUCAACUUAACGUGACUGAAUUCAAUUGUGCUGCUCUUGACUUCAACCAGAGGGCAGUGUUGUUCAGAAUCUGCUGGAUCGUCCUUCAAUUUACAGCUCUGUAACUCCUCUUUUGCCUUUUUUCUCAAACAACGCUGACAAACUAAGUGCCAAUGAAAGUAGUGUGGAGGUGGCUGUUUUGUUGGUGCUGAAGCACAUCUUCGCUUCUGACCCUCAGGAGGAGCAGAAGAGGACACAAGCAUGAUGAGAUUUGUUUUACGUUUUCGUCUUUUAGGGAAACUAUGUAAAGUGAGCCUUUUUUGCACAUUUCAAUAAUGGAACUCUACCUUUUGUGGCAGUUUGGGUGCCUUUUUGGGGACUGCUGGGCUGUACUUUAGAAUCAGGAACCUGUAGGUCAAUCAAGCUUUAGCUGCUGCUUUUUCAUAGACUAUAUCAGAGGAAAUAUGCGGGGAAAUGACUUCUGCUGGAGUUGCUCUCGUUCUCCCAUCUUUUCUUUCACCGUUGAAAAAUGUUGACGGACAUGACGGUUGCGUUGAGAAAUUUCACAUUCUUAUUAAGACAUAUCUAAUAUAUCGCUGUAGUUAGGGCUAGUUGUGGUUCCACUACAACCGGAGGAAUGUCAAUUGCAAUUUCCCUUUAUUCCAGUUGAUUAAAAAAAAUAGAUUCAUUAAUUGGCUUUUUGCUGCGCUGUUCAGUUUGUUUUAUAAAAUGAUGACAUCCUCGAGCACAAACUGUUGCAUAAACAAAAGAUUUUUUUAUAAACCUGAAAUAUUGCUAUUUUUAGAUAAAUAUAUACUUAUAGGGAGCAAUGCACAAUUAUUAUUUUUUACUUUUAAUUAAAAGGAAUUUCUAUUAUCACUAUUUGCGGACGACAUCUGACUUUACUUGGCUGAACAAAUCAUUUUUUUGAGGUAAUUCUCUUGAUGCUUCACCUGACAAAUAUAAUACUAAAUACUAUUCCAAAAAUGUAAACAUGCUGCAUUUUGGGAAGAGAAAUGAUUGGAAAAAAACAAAACGUGGAAAAGGGUUGCACAAAAAUGUAACACAAUUAGGUAAACAAGACAAAGAAAACAACGUUUGAGGUGUCGAUUUCAUUGCUUAGUCACAGCACAGUAACUUAGACUUGUUCCCUGAACUGUGCCUGAGAGACCUGAUGCCUGGUUAACCAUUCCCAUCAUUCUCUGUGGACUGAAACUAAAGUUCAAGUUAAACACACCAUGAGCCAGUUGUUACUAAAGUUUUCAAUUCCAUUUGUGGCCUUUUGGGGUAUUUAUGCAAACUUGAAGAAACCUUUGUCUCUUGGUGCAAUAUGGUAGUUCUAGUGUUUCCAUGUGUUCCAUUGACCACCAGCAAAGUCUCAUACAAUCAUUUGCGUCUGUAUGCUCAUUUAAAUGUUCAUUUCUGUCAGUUUGAUUUGUAUUCCAACAUCUGUUUCCCCAGCUGCUCAUUGAGUAAAUAUGAAACCAUUAAAGUGUCUUUAAAGAUU